AUGCCACAUGCACUCUUGCUUUACAACUCAUGCCACAGUCACUCUCAUUUUACAACUCAUGCCAACAUCCCUAAUGGAGUGAGGAAUUUCCAGUUCAGAGUCAAAAGCUUUGAGAACCAUACCCGUGUAUGGGACUUCAAUCCUUGCAGCUAUGCUUUUGUGGCUGAGGAAACUACUUAUAACUUCUCUUCUAUAGAUCUUGCUGACUUACAGGGAAGAAGAAGGGUUCCGGUGGUAUUUGAUUGGGCGGUAGGAGACCAAACAUGUGAUGAUCAUGCUGCCGGAAAGAAUCUAAUAAGUUUUGCUUGCAAGGAUAACAACGACUGCGAAGACUUUGACAAUGGUCCCGGGUAUCGCUGCAAAUGCUCUAAGGGAUAUGAAGGGAACCCUUAUAUUCCUAAUGGUUGUCAAGAUAUUGAUGAGUGCGCUAUUUCAAGCCCAUGUAACAUGGCAUGCCUCAAUUUACCAGGCACAUACAAUUGUUCUUGUGCAGUGGGCUACGAAGGCAUUAGCAUCGGCAUAUCACUACUACUUAUUGGUGGCUCCUCGCUAUAUUGGGGAUCUAAGCAGAGGAAGAUUGCCAACCUUAGAGAAAAAUUAUUUCAGCAAAACGGUGGUAUCAUGUUACAAGAACUUUCCAAACAUGAAGGAUUGGUCCAGUCAGCUAAAAUCUUUACUGAAGAGGAUCCAAAGAAGGCAACAAACAACUUUAAUGAAAAUAAUGUCCUGGGCAAAGGGGGCCAAGGAAUAGUCUACAAAGGAGUAUUACCAGAUAACACCAUAGUUGCCAUUAAGAAGCCCAGAGUAGCUGAUCAGAGUCAGUCCCAGAUUGAGCAAUUCAUUAAUGAGGUCAUAAUUCUCUCUCAAGUCAACCAUAGAAAUGUUGUAAAGCUCCUAGGGUGUUGUUUGGAGACAAAAGUUCCUUUCCUUGUCCAUGAAUUUAUUACCAAUGGGACUCUCUAUGACCACAUACACACUGCAUGCCAAAGAGCAUCCUCAAUAACAUGGGAGAAUUGCUUAAGAAUAGUAGCGGAAACUUCAACAGCCCUUUCAUAUUUACACUCUGCCGCUAGUACUCCUAUCAUUCAUAGAGAUGUUACGACCUCCAACAUACUCUUAGAUGACAAUUACGUUGCUAAAGUAUCAGAUUUUGGCUCUUCAAGGCUGAUUGCUAUUGAUGAAACUCAAUUAAGCACAUUGGUACAAGGAACACGUGGUUACUUGGACCCAGAGUACUUGCAAACUGGCCAAUUGACCGAAAAAAGUGAUGUUUAUAGCUUUGGGGUUGUCCUUGUUGAAUUACUAACUGGCAAGAAGGUAAUUUCUUUCAGCAGGCCUGAAGCAGAGAGAAAUUUAUCGAUGUAUUUUAUUUUAGCAAUGAAAGAAGACCGCUUGCUUGAAAUUGUUGAUGAGCAGAUGAUGAAUGACGCAAGGGUUGACAAGUUAAAGCAAGUUGCUAUUUUAGCAAAGAGAUGCUUAGAAGUGAAAGGCGACGAAAGGCCAAGCAUGAAGGAAGUAGUAAUGGAGCUAGAGGGAUUGAGAAUGACAGAGAAACAUCCAUGGGUAAAUGACGUCACAGAUUCCGAAGAGACCCAACACUUGCUUGGAGAUCAACUCUUAGAUGCUUAUGGCGGUGAAACUAGUAUGAGCAAUUCAAUAGUUUAUGAUCGCAUGACAAACCAUGACAUUUCACCAUUUAAUGGUGGCUCUUUGUGA